GGCCAGGGAGCGAGCGGGGCCAGAGGAGAAGGCGGGAGCCGCCGCCGCCGCCGCCCGCCACUGCUGCGCCUGCUGCGCCGCUGCACGCCUCCGGUUCUUCAGCAGCCUGCAAAUCUUAUGAAGAUAUUUUGAGGGAGUUCUUUAUUUGACGUAGCAACCCAUCCCGGCAUUAUGUUCUGCAGAACCAGUAUGUGGCUCACCUGCGUUUUAAUGGCGGUAGUCAUAGCUACCGAUCUCAGUGACCUAGAUUUCAACACCACAGAAUACGAUCCUGAGGUCACAGUCGAACGUUUAAGAACUGACGUUCCACAAUCGCCCCCGACGGCGCCAGCUCAGGAGGUUACGGACACCGUGGCCGUGGACCUGGAGCCAGCAACAGAAACAAGUGUUCCAGCCACUCCAGAGAGCAGACUGGCAGCCAGCACUCUGCCGCACAGUGACCAUGGCGACCGCAGCAGGACUCCUGUCGCCACUGCGCCGACGACAACCACCCGCACCACCCCCACAACUGGUGACACCACGGUCUCUCUCCUACGGACCCUUUCUGCAGAGAUGAACAGCAAGGUGCUGCUCCAGGCAGCUACACGGGGGUCAGUGGAUGAAGUGCAGGUGCCGCUUUGGGCUUGUGCUAAUGUGGGGCAGAGACCAUGGUCCACGUGGACCGCUCUGCACUAUGCAGCGAUGCAGGGGCACACGGGUAUGGUGAGGUGUCUGAUCGGGAAUGGGGCAGAAGUGGAUGCCAGGAGCGACGCGGGGCACACGCCUCUACAUUUGGCUGCCUGGAAAGGCCAUGCAGCAGUGGUGCGGCUGCUGGCGGCGGCCUUCGCCGACGUCGAUGCCAAGGACCAGUGGGGUAGGACGCCGCUGCACUGGGCGGCACCCUACGGCCACACAGAGGCAGCAAAGGCGCUGCUGGAGGCAGGGGCCGAUAGGGACGCCACAGAGGACGCAGGGAAUACCGCGCUGGACUUAGCAAGAGUGAACAACCGACAAUGGAUGGUAGAAAUCCUAUCUAGCAUUCCAACAAACGAUUGUGAUGUAUACUAAAUAAAGCAAGCGUUAAUACACGAUUUCUCCUUCUCUUUAAAAUAAACCAUACAAAAUGUUA